AUGACCUUCGACGCCUUACACCCGACUUGGUUCACCAUCACCGCCGGAUCUCUUCAGAUGCUUCUUGACCGGCGUCGGAUUCACUGUCAGAUUUCUCCAGCUUACCUCGUGGCUGAGAAAGUUGUUGUGACCAUGAAGCACAAUGACGACCAACAUACAUCUGGGAAUCGCUGGUUAGACGUUCCUUCACUGUCACAAGGGACGUCAGUGGAGAGCAACUUGUUGGAGUACUUGGAGAAGAGAAAAAUCAAGAACCUUGUGAAGAAGCAUUUCGAAUUCAUCAGUUACCCCGUUUAUGAAUAUGCUAUGGGACAAUUGAAGGAAUAUGAUGGGAAGAAGCUAGUCUCAUUCACGAAGGAGGGACUGAAACUUGAUGACAAGACCGAAAAGGAGAAGAAAAAGAAGUCCUUUAAGAACUUGUGCAGGACCAUUAAGGACAUUCUUGGGGACAAGGUGGAAAAGCUUGUCGUCUCUGACAGAAUUGUGGUCUCGCCUUCCUGCCUGGUGACUUGA